UUUCUCAAAACAUGGGGUUUACGAUUGGCUAUCGCGGAAAACCAAUCAUUCACUUUACGAAUUCCCACAAUAAGCCAGCUUGUAAAAAGAAAGACUGAGCUGGCUAGCAAUGGUUCACGUCAAGAGACCGAAAAGUCCGGAGGACCAGGACUGAGCCAGCCUCCUCACUGCUUGUCCUAUACUGCAGUCUUAGAACAACUUUCGACGGACGCAGAUGACGGGCUGACAAAUGCUGAGGCUCGCUCACGUCUGGAAACUUACGGACAUAACCGCCUGGAGGAGGGCGAAGGUCUCUCGAUUGGGAAAAUACUACUGCGACAAAUCGCGAAUGCGAUGAUGCUUGUGUUGAUCUUAGCAAUGGCCGUCAGCUUCGGCAUCCAGUCUUGGAUCGAGGGCGGCGUUAUUGCUGGAAUUAUUGGGUUGAAUAUCGUCGUCGGCUUCUUCCAGGAGUACGCGGCAGAGAAGACAAUGUCGUCUCUGCGAUCGCUGACAACACCCAGCGGGACCGUGUCCAGGGAUGGCAGUACGGGUAUCAUUCCUGCCAUUGAAAUCGUCCCCGGGGAUAUUGUCGAAGUGAAGACAGGCGAAAUGAUCCCGGCUGAUCUGAGGCUGAUUGAGGUGAUCAAUUUCGAGACAGACGAGGCACUCUUGACGGGCGAAUCUCUGCCUGUUCAGAAGGACUCUGAGGCAACGUUCGAAGAGGAUACAGGGCCUGGUGAUCGCCUGAAUAUCGCAUAUAGCUCGAGUACUGUGACUAGGGGGCGAGCAAGGGGGAUUGCUAUUGCAACUGGUAUGGACACAGAAAUCGGAAAGAUCGCUGCGGCACUACGUGCCAGCGGGCAAAAACGCCGACCCGUGAAGCGUGGACCUAGUGGCGAGACUAAAAAGCGAUGGCAUGUUCAAGCAUGGGCGUUAACUGGUACUGACACAAUUGGCCGCUUCCUCGGGCUGGCAGUUGGUUUAUUCGGUAUUGCAGUUGUCUUUGCUAUUGUGGUGAUGAGCGCUAACUACUGGAGGGAUAAUAAUGAGGUGAUUCUCUACGCUGUCGUAAUAGGGCUUAGUAUGAUCCCUGCCUGCCUUGUGGUAGUACUUACGAUUACCAUGGCAGUCGGGACAAAACGGAUGGUGCAGCGCCAUAUUAUUGCCCGAAAACUAAGCUCUCUAGAGGCGCUUGGAGCGGUAACAACAAACAUUUGCUCUGAUAAGACAGGCACAUUAACGCAGGGCAAAAUGAUUGUGAAACAGGCGUGGGUUGCUUUACUGGGAACCUAUUCCCUCGAGGGCGGUAGUGAACCUUUCGACCCGACAGUUGGAGAAAUCAGCUUUCAGGCACUUGCUCCAAGGAGCAUUGUUGAGGAGAAGACGGCUGCAGAGACCAAGAAGCCCGACGAACUGCUUGCCGACAACAAAGAGCUUGAAGACUACCUCAAUGUCUGCUCGUUGGCCAAUUUAGCACAUGUCUACAAGAAGAAGCACGAAGGCGGCGAGGGCGAUGAGGGCAAUGAAUGGCAUGCCCGGGGAGAGCCAACUGAGAUUGCCAUUCAGGUCUUUGCAUGUAGAUUUUCUUGGGACCGCGACCGCCUGACCAAAGGGGAGGACGCGAAAUGGACGCAGAAAGUGGAGUUUCCGUUUGAUUCGGAUAUCAAGCGGAUGACCGUUGUUUACACGAAUAAUGCCGAGAAAAAGUCCGUGGCAUUCACCAAAGGCGCUGUUGAGCGCAUCCUGGAGAGAUGCUCUGAAUGUGUCUUCGAACAAAGUUCCCCGCCGAGUAGCCUGUCCGACAAUCAUCGUGAGCAGAUCAUGAAGAAUAUGGAAGCUCUAACACGGUCGGGACUUCGUGUUCUCGCCCUUGCAAAGAGAGAUGCUACUCCAGAUACGGAGGACCGGGCGGAGGUCGAGAAAGAUCUUUGCUUCCUAGGCUUGGUCGGGAUUUACGAUCCGCCUAGACCCGAGUCCACUAGAGCUGUUGAGCUAUGUCACCACGCAGGCAUAUCAGUGCAUAUGUUAACGGGCGAUCACCCUGGAACUGCAGAAAAGAUUGCUCAGCAGGUGGGCAUACUACCUGAUCUUCAGCAGGUGGCUAUAGAUGUUGCACGGGCUAUGAUCUUCACUAGCAACCAAUUCGAUAACUUAUCCGAGGAAGAAGUUGACGCCCUUCCUGUUUUACCCCGAGCCAUCGCCCGCUGUGCGCCACAGACUAAAGUCAAUAUGAUCGACGCACUUCAUAGGCGCGGGUGCUUUGUCGCAAUGACAGGAGAUGCGGAUGUGGGUAUUGCUAUGGGACAGAGUGGUUCAGAUGUGGCUAAAGAUGCUUCGGACAUUGUGCUAACUGAUGAUAAUUUCGCAUCUAUUCUAAACGCAAUUGAAGAAGGUCGUCGGAUCUUCGACAAUAUUCAAAGAUUUGUACUUCACCUACUAUCAGAGAAUGUCGCCCAGGCGUGUACUCUGUUAAUUGGCCUCGCGUUUAAGGAUGAAAGUGACCAGUCCGUCUUUCCACUAUCACCAGUGGAGAUCCUCUGGGUUAUCAUGAUUACUUCUGGCCUACCAGACAUGGGGCUUGGUAUGGAAAUCGCGGCUCCGGACAUCAUGGAUCGGCCUCCGCAAAGCAAAAAAGGAAUUUUCACAUGGGAGGUGGUCGUGGAUAUCCUUGUUUAUGGCCUGUGGAUGGCCGCGUUGUGUCUCUCGUCAUUCUCGCUAGUGAUAUGGGGUUUUGGCGACGGUGACCUUGGCCUGAACUGUAACAGAGAUUUCAAUCCACAGUGCGAGCCUGUGUUUCGUGCACGCGCAACAACCUUUAUUUCGCUUACCUGGUUCGCCCUAUUUCUUGCAUGGGAAAUGGUUGACAUGCGUCGAUCAUUCUUCCGCAUGCAGCCAGACUCGAAGCGGUAUUUCACUCAGUGGAUGUUGGAUGUGUGGCGGAAUAAGUUCUUGUUUUGGGCUAUCCUAGCAGGUUUUAUCUUGGUUUUCCCUGUUGUCUAUAUUCCUGUUAUUAACCAUGAUGUGUUCAAGCACUCCGGUAUAUCAUGGGAAUGGGGUAUAGUUGGCGUGGAGACUGUUUUAUUUUUUGCCGGCGUGGAAAGCUGGAAAUGGGCCAAGCGGAUCAUUCUCAGAAGAUCCAGGAAAGCAAAGCAUGAAAGCUCUCCCUCGGAGAUAGUCUAG